AUGACGCCAACAUGACGUAUGCCCAGUAUCAUGGCGGUCAGGACACCUUCGACGACGGACGACUGGUGAUGACCACAGACUCGGAAGGCAACGUCACAUCCGUUAAAGUGAUAUUCAACAUCGGAGUAUCAGUUGAAGUAAAGGCCGGAUACCAAAUGUUGACCUACACCGCCAUUAUGCCCUCUGACCUCAUGGGGAACCUGCAAGGGAUGAUGGGAAACUUCAACGACGACAUGACGGAUGAAUUCCAUUGGCCAAACGGGACAGCUGUUGAGUUUUCCAAUGAUACUAACCCUACAGAAGAGGAACUAUACGUCUUUGGGGAGUCAUGGUCUCUGAAGAGUGUGGCAAAACUCAGGAUGGAGGACGUCGCGAAUCUCACCCUCUUCCACUCCUACCCCGGCGGCCAAUCAGCGGCGACGUACGGAAACGACAGCUUCACCCCGCUGUUCUUUGACCUUGACGCCAUGUUUGAGAACGCCACGGAGAGACAACGGGCAGUUCAGGUGUGUGGCGGUGCAGACAAGAAGGAGUGUCUGUUCGACAUCGCGCUGACGGGGAAUGAGGAGGUGGGAGUGGCUGCCGAACAGGGCAUGAAGAGCGCAGAGAUAUCUAACAACGUCCUAGGUAAUACCCCUCCAAGACUGAACGUGACGUCAGAAAUCAGAGCUGUGGUUGGUCAGGAAUUCUCCUUACACAUUACCGUAGAGGAUGAUGGUCAGGUUUCCGUCUCACUCUCUGGGCCUGGCGAAAUAGACGCAAACAACACUUACAGAUGGACUCCUGAAGACACGGAAAACGUCACGAUCACGCUCCUCGCGCAAGACGACAUGGGCGCCAUCACCAUGGCAACGCCUGACGUCACGGUGUGCAACUGUCAAAAUGGCGGCGCGUGUGACUGGGACGUGACGUCACCGCGGGUGGCGGGGUUUGCUGUGGCCCAGUGCGCAUGUCCCCUGGGGUACACCGGGACGUUCUGCGAAACUGACUUUGACGGCUGCUCCAUCGCGCCCUGUUACCCAGGUGUGAAUUGCACGGACUCCCAGGCACCCCUUGACGCAGGUGAGAACGAGUACACCUGUGGUACCUGUCCAACAGGUAUGGUGGGAGACGGAGAGUAUUGCUCAGACCUCAACGAAUGUAUUUUACCGAGUGACGAUCCGAAAGUACACGCAUGCGUGAACGCGGUCUGUCACAAUACGGCUCCAGGGUACAGGUGCGAAUGUCACCCUGGGUACGAGAUGACCGAUGACGAACGAACAUGCCAAGACAUCAACGAGUGUGCUACAGAGAGUCACGACUGUCAUGAGCAUGCGCAGUGUAAUAACACGGCCGGGGGUUUUACUUGCGCCUGCGCAGAAGGUUUCACGGGCGACGGGCGAUCCUGUAGAGAUGUUGAUGAAUGUGUUGCUGCUUCAUCUGAAGAGGAGUGCAGUGACGUUUGCGUCAAUACUGUCGGGAGCUUCUACUGCGCAUGCACGAGUGGAUAUACUCUUGGCAACGACAUGCGAUCCUGCGUCGAUACCGACGAGUGUGCCAUGGAUACUGACGGCUGUUCCCAUGUCUGUACGAACACCGUUGGUGCUUUUAACUGCAGCUGUCCGGACGAUUUCGCCCUGGGCUCGGACGGCAAAACUUGUCAAGCUUCCGAACCGUGCCUCAACACAACCUGCUCUCCCAGUGACCUAGCCUUCUGCGCGGUGGUCGCUGGGAACGAAACAUGCAGCUGUGCCGAUGGUUACAGACUUAACUCCAACGGAACAUUGUGUGAAGAAUCUAAGACAUAUGAAGCUGAAAUCCGGGUCACAAACCAAGUAUUCACCGCUGAGCUUAGAGACCCAACAUCCAGUCAGUACAAAACAAUGAAGGCGAAAGCAGGAAGAACCUUACAAAUGUUGUAUAAGUCAGUGAUGGGCAACAGUUUCCUGGGUGUAACCGUGGACGGGUUUAAGAACGGGAGCGUUGUCGUCAUCUUCACCUUAAACCUGGCGUCCAACACCACCCACAAUGCAUCAUCGUCUGAGCAGGCGCUCAGAGAGGCCAUCGCGUCCUCGGGUGGGGGCGAGCUGAUAGUGGACGCGAGUAGCGUCACAGUUACAGACAUAGAUGAAUGUGCCAGUGACGUCACCAACCUGUGCCACGUCAAUGCGGACUGUACCAACACGGACGGGGGGUACAGCUGUACCUGUAUUGAUGGUUACUCCGACGUGUCCGAAGGGGGCAGCAUCUCAGGAUCCACCUGUCAAGCCACCCCCACCCCGACCCCUGCAGCGUCCCAGGUCAGGAGACUGGAUACCUCCGCCAUCCUCAUCACGCUCGGCGUGCUGUGUACCAUCGUCAUCUGCCUCAUCCUCGUCAUCAAGAUCAAAAAGAGAUCAGCAGUCGAGCCAUCGGAAGGAGAGAUGAGCGGGAACAACGACCCAGAGUGAUGAUGUCCCCGGGGUGUCUUUAGCCGUGCGGAUGUAC